UCGCGGAGUGCCGCAGACGCGCGCGCUCUGUGUGUGCUGCGGGUGAAGUGAAGGGGGACGGCGGCGGAGCGCGGGACGGGCGAGCGGAGGGACGGCGACCUACUGCCUCCUCCUUCUCUUUUUUCCGCUCUUCCUUUACCGGUGGUCGGCGCCGAUAUUUUGAUUAUUAUUAUUAUUAUCACUAUUAUUAUUACUACACACUUCCAUGCAACUGAGAGAACUAUAAACCGGCGCGUGUGUAUGCGUGUGUGAGUGUGUGCGUGCGCGCGCUCGUGCUUGCUUGCGUGCUUGCUUGCGUGCGUGCGUGUGUGUGUGUGUGUGAGAGAGAGUGAGAGAGAGAGAGAGAGAGAGAGGGAGUGAGUGUGUGUGUGUUGUCGUCGUCGGUGGCGGGCGGCUGCAGAAAUCUCGGCGGAGGAGCGGCAGGACAGUUCAGUGCGCUGCUGCUGCUGCUGCUGCUGCGCGAGGAGAAGUUGUCCGAAUCCCGCAGAGAGGGAAUAAACAACACCGCGCGGAAACCAUGCAGGAGGCGCGAGGACUGGAUUUUAGAAGCACUUUCACUUACACCCAAACGGAUUGAGCGACGUGCUUUUCCUUUCUUUUUUGAAUUUGAGUAGUUAUCUUUUUCUUUUUUUUCUUUUUUUUUGCUGCCCUCAACAAAAAAAGAGCAGCGUUCGCUUUAGCCAUGUGCUGAACGACAUUUCAUCACAGCGCUCAGGACUCUGCUCGCGCUACGGGAGACGUUCAUGGUAAGAAAGAGAAAAAAAGGACUGAGGUGAAGCUAUUUGGAAGGGGAAAAGAGAGAGAGAGAGAGAGAGAGAGAGAGGGAAAGGGAGAGAGAAAGGGGGAAAGCAAGAGGCGCGCGCGGUGCCGUCCGGAUAGUGAAGAGGGACUGAGAGGAGAAAAAAAAAAUCAGCACAAGUGAUCAGAAUUACUGUUCGAUUUUUAUUCUAAUUCUUUUUUUUUUCUAACUCACUGAAACGCGGGGAGCGAUGAGGACUACUGGCGCAGUGGACUGUAUGUGCUACUGCUGGCUUUUGCUGCAGCUGCUGAGUCAGCCCGCGGCGGCCAAGCAGGUGCUGCGUUACCGCCUGGCUGAGGAGGGUCCCGCGGACGUGCGCGUGGGGAACGUAGCCGCCGAUCUGGGCAUCGUGGCCGGCUCCGGGGAAGUGACUUUCACCUUAGAGUCCGGCUCCGACUACUUCAAAAUCGACAACAUCACUGGGGACCUGAGCACCAACGAGCGGCGGAUAGACCGCGAGAAACUGCAGCAGUGCCAGAUGAUCUUCGACGAGAACGAGUGCUUCAUCGACUUCGAGGUGUCCGUGAUCGGCCCCGCGCAGAGCUGGGUGGACCUGUUCGAGGGCAAAGUCAUCAUCCUGGACAUAAACGACAACACGCCGUCUUUCCCUUCCCCCGUGCUCACUCUCUCCGUGGAGGAGAACAGACCCAUCGGCACGCUCUACCUACUGCCCACGGCCACGGACAGAGACUUCGGCCGCAACGGGAUAGAAAGGUACGAGUUGAUCCAGGACGGCGCGGAGAGCUCCGUGCGACGGCUGGGGUCGGCGAGCGCGGACGCUCAUGCGGGCAAAAGGAGGUUCGACGACGCGCAGAGCAGGAGCAGCGUGUUCGAGCUGCAAGUGGCCGACACCACGGACGGCGAGAAGCAGCCGCAGCUGAUCAUCAAAGGCGCGCUGGACCGCGAGCAGCGCGACUCGUAUGAGCUGACUCUGCGCGUGCGAGACGGGGGCGACCCCCCGCGCUCCUCUCAGGCCAUCCUGAGGGUGAUGAUCACGGACGUGAACGACAACAGCCCGCGCUUUGAGAAGAGCGUGUAUGAGGCGGACCUGCCCGAGAACAGCUCCCCUGGCGCCCCCAUCCUCCAGCUCAAGGCAGUGGAUGCUGAUGUUGGGGUCAAUGGACAGAUUGAGUAUGUUUUUGGGGCGGCCACAGAAUCAGUGCGCCGGCUCUUGCGGCUGGACGAAAGUACAGGGUGGCUGAGCGUGCUGCAUAGGAUUGAUCGUGAGGAAGUAAGUCAGCUGAGGUUUACGGUCAUGGCAAGGGACCGUGGUCAGCCACCAAAGACUGAUAAAGCAACUAUGAUCAUUAACAUCAAAGAUGAGAAUGACAACGUCCCAAAUAUCGACAUAAGAAAGAUCGGACGCAUUUUCCUAAGAGAUGGUGUGGCGAAUGUGGCUGAGGAUGUGGUGGUAGACACGCCCAUCGCACUGGUCCAAGUGUCGGAUCGUGACAAGGGGCCGAAUGGUGUCGUGACGUGCACAGUGGUAGGUGAUGUUCCCUUCCAGUUGAAGCCUGCAAGUGAGAUAGAAGGUGAUAUGAACAAAAAGAAAUACUUCUUGCAUACGUCAGCGCCGCUUGAUUACGAGGCCGUGCAGGAGUACAACGUCGUCAUAGUGGCUGUGGAUUCGGGCAGCCCCAGUCUGUCCAGUAACAACUCGCUAAUUGUAAAAGUGGGAGACAUGAACGACAACCCACCCAUCUUCACCAAGAGCACGGUGGAGGUCUCGUUCCCAGAGAACAAUGCCCCAGGGGAGCGCGUAGCGACUGUAGUGGCCUUGGAUGCAGACAGUGGCAAAAAUGCAGAAAUUUCAUACUCGCUAGACUCCUCAGUAAAUGGGAUAUUUUCCAUUGACCCAGACAGCGGUGACAUCCGUGUCAACACCAUACUUGACCGAGAACAAACCGAGCGCUACGAGUUCAAGGUUAUCGCCAAAGACAAAGGAGUGCCUGUCUUACAGGGCUCGGCCACGGUGGUGGUGCUGGUGGCAGACAAGAAUGACAAUGAACCAAAGUUCAUGCAGGAUGUUUUCACUUUCUAUGUGAAGGAAAACCUGCAGCCCAACAGUCCUGUAGGCAUGGUGACAGUGAUGGAUGCUGACAAGGGGCAGAAUGCUGAGAUGAGCCUCUACAUUGAGGAAGAGGAGGACAUAUUCUCCAUCGAGAACAACACAGGAACCAUCUUCUCCACUGUGGCAUUCGACCGCGAGCAGAAGACCACCUAUUCGUUCCGCGUCAAAGCUGUGGAUGGCGGUGACCCGCCUCGAUCGGCCACAGCGACCGUAUCACUUUUCGUGAUGGAUGAAAAUGAUAAUCCACCAACAGUCACUUUCCCCAUUAACAGCUCCUACACUCUGUUACCCCCAUCCAGCAAUAUCCGAACGGUCGUCCGCACUGUCAUUGCUACUGAUACUGACACGGGUGUCAAUGCUGACCUCAGCUACAGCAUAAUCGGGGGCAACCCAUUCAAGCUGUUCGAAAUUGAUCCUGCCACUGGCGUCAUUUCAUUAGUUAGCAAACUUGAGCAGAAGCAUUUUGGCCUUCACCGCCUGGUAGUGCAAGUUAACGACAGUGGGGUUCCUUCCCAGAGCACCACCACACUAGUGCACGUCUACGUCAAUGAAACGCUCUCCAACUCCACCAUAGUGGAUGCCCAGAUUGCCAAGAGCCUUGGAACACCACUUAACGCAGACAUAGCUGGAGACCCCAACUAUGACCUGGGCAAGCAGCGCUUAAGCAUCGCCAUUGGAGUGGUGUCUGGCAUCAUGACAGUCAUCCUCAUUAUCCUUGUUGUGGUCAUGGCCCGCUACUGCAGGCCCAAGAACAAGAAUGGCUAUGAAGCUGGUAAGAAAGACCAUGAGGACUUCUUCACCCCGCAACAACAUGACAAAAGCAAGAAACCCAAGAAGGACAAGAACAAGAAGAAGUCAAAGCAGCCACUCUACAGCAGUAUCGUCACUGUUGAAGCGUCAAAGCCCAACGGACAGCGCUAUGAUGGCGUCAAUGAGAAACUCUCUGACAGUCCUGGAAUGGGCCGCUACCGCUCUGUUAACGGUGGGCCUGGAAGCCCAGAUCUCGCCCGCCACUACAAGUCCAGCUCACCCCUGCCUACAGUCCAGCUUCACCCACAGUCGCCCACGGCGGGUAAAAAGCACCAGGCCGUUCAGGAUCUGCCCCCGGCCAACACCUUUGUGGGCACCGGAGAUAACAUAUCCAUUGGAUCUGACCACUGCUCCGAGUACAGCAGCCAAACCAUCAACAAGUACAACAAACAGCCGUUCCGCCGAGUGACCUUCUCGGUGGUGAGCCAGCCCCAGGACCCCCACCAGGGCUCGCUGCAGAGCUGCUACGACAGUGGCCUGGACGAGUCGGAGACGCCCAGCAGCAAGAGCUCCACAGGCCCCCGGCUGGGAGCCCUCCCCCUACCCGAGGAUGCCUAUGAGAGGACCACGCCGGAUGGCAGUGUCGGUGAGGCAGAGCAUAUGGAAAAUGACUCUCGGCCCCUGCCUGACGUAGCUAUGACGGGUAAGUGCACGCGGGAGUGUGAUGAGUACGGCCACUCCGACGCCUGCUGGAUGCCGGUCCGCACCUCGCCCGAACGCAGGCCCAAGGCCACCCCUCCCAAACUCUCCACCUUCAUGACCUCGCCUGGGGGCAGCGUCGCCGAGCAGCCCGGCAGCCAGGAGACGCUGGCCGUCGCCAACGGAGACCCCUCACACCUGCUAGGCGACCGCAACCGCAACCUCCUCAACAAGAAGAUGGCCUCCUCCUCCUCGUCCUACGACGCCUUCAGCUCGGCCGGCUUCUCCUCCGUGGAAGAAACGUCCCGCCCCACUGAAGAAAUCCCUCUAGCGCCAACGGGCGAAUACAAGCCCACGCAGUGUGGGACGCUCACCAGGCGGGAAGUUUACCUGUAAAAAAUACAAAAAAGCGUCCCACAUCAGAGUACAGAUUCAAUCCGACAUCUCCAGAGACACUGUUGGCAAACCAAACCCUGGUGUGAAAGCGACGUAAACGUCUCUCUCACUGCUAGCUUGCGUUUUAAAAAUAAGCAGGACUCUUAAUCUGUAAGUAAUAAAAAGACUUUAAAAAGCAUGGUAAAAGGUCUUGCAGAUGCGAGAGGACGAGAUUGAGGAGGAGGAGGUAGAGAGAAUGAGAGAGAUAGAGAGACGGAGGUGGAGAGAGGGGGAUGCUGGUGGAUGAGUGCUGUGUUACUUUGCUGCUAGCGUUUCGGGCCCUCUGACUUUUUUCCAAAGUGCUGCCUGGUUCUGUAGACUUCAUCAUAAACAACGUGCAUGCAUAAUCUAGCCACUUAAAGGACUCAGACUAUUCUCUUUUUCUCAUUUUUUUUUUUUUUUGGUUCCUACUUUUUCUAACUGAUACUAAGUGGAUGGAAGCAGGCAAGACUGGUGCUGUUAUACAUAUAUCUAUUUUUUGUUGUUCUUUUUUCAGUAGG